AUGGAUCCAAUCUCGAUCACUACAGCCUGUGUAGGCACGAUCGCCGCGGUCGCCCAGCUUUCAGCCCAAGCCAAUGGUUUUGCCUCCCGAUUCAAAGACGCCCGCAAUGACAUGCAAGAGCUGCUUCAAGAGCUUGCCAGUCUCUCAGCGAGUCUCGAGAGUAUGCGUGACGAUGGCAACAUGGCCAAAUACCCGGCCUCGUUGCGCCAGAAUCUCCUCGACACCCUCCGGAACUGCGACGACGUGACUACCCAAAUGGGCGAGCUCUUGCGAAAGCUGUCUUCUACCGGACUGUUUGGCCGCUUGAAGUGGUCGCUCUCGAAGCGGGAAAAGCUGAUGAAUCUCAAGUCCAAGUUGGAGGGGCACAAGUCGGCCAUUGCAAUCGCCCUGCUCAUUGCCUCCAUAUUCGUGUCCAUGGAAACUAAGGACAACACCCACAAAAUCCUGAAUGAUACAACAGUCAUGAGGCGCGAGACUGCGCAGAUUACCACGCUUUACCAGUGGAUGGGUUCGCUGCAGUUAUUCAUCCGGGAUCUCAGAAGCCACGGAGAUGCCGCAGAGGGCAACAUGUUCCAAAGCACGGUGGACAGCACUACAACCUACACUGCAGCUUUUGUGGAUCGCGAUCCUUCGGGAAGAUUCCGAGCUUCGGACGAGUUUUUUGACGCUCUGGAAUAUCCUGAAGCUGCCUUGGUUGCAGACCUUCGGGCCAUGAGGCUUUCGCGAAGCAGCCAGCCGGACUUGGUCAUCGCGGUCGAUUUUGGCACGACCUACACAGGCGUCGGAUGGUGGGACACCAAGGGCACUCCUGGCGAGACACUCAACAUCCUUCGGAGAUGGCCAGGAACUGGAUUUGCAUCCGAGGACAAGGUGCCAACUGCGCUCGCUUACCGCAAUGGCGAGCUCUUAUCCUGGGGAUUCCCGGCAAUACGCGAGACGGACGACCAUGAUACUCAAAUUUUUGACGCAUUCAAAGCAUUCCUUGACCCGUGCGUGCUGCAGACCGCCAGCAGCUUGUGGAGAGGGUCUCGGCGCGUGCCAGAAGACCCUGAUCAUGCCCGAAAGCUAUGUCUAGAUUUCUUACGGAUGCUCUAUGCCCACAUCGAAGAGGGCUUCGCAGGGAUGGUACAUGGAUGGCAUCAUAAAGAGAUUGAAUUCAUCUUCGCGAUACCUUCUGCCUGGAAUGUCAACGUGAUGCAAUCGUUCGAGGCUCUCGUUGACAAGGCUGGUUUCGGCAGGGCUGGCCGACAGCACAGCUGCCAAUUGAGCAUGACUGAGGCCGAAGCAACAGUAAUUUCUGCCCUUUCUCACUCCACAGUGCCUUUAACACCCCAAGGUGUCGUUCUCGUUGCUGAUUUAGGCGGAAUAUCAACGAAAAUCAGUUUUCUCGAAUCGACCGCUGGAUCUGGCCAAGGUCAACGAUUUCAGGUCCUACAUCAAGCUGAAGACUACAGUCUUGGUAGCGCAAUGAUCGACGUUGGGUUUCAACGGCUUGCAUUUGAACGGUUGAGAUACCUUGAAGCAGAGCUAGGACUUUCCCGCACCUCUAUCAAAGACGCCGUGCGAAAGAUGACCAUCGGACUGUUCCAGACCUACAAGACCACGUUUGAGACUUCUGCGAUCAUCCUUCUCAGACUGCCAGUACCAGGCUUACCGACAGAUUUCAAUUCGAAAGAAGCCAAAGUGGAAAGGGGAUGCUUUAUACUGGACAGAAAUGAGCUACAACGCUUGUUCGAUGACCAACUCAACCGGAUAUUCCAGCUGAUAAACGACCAAAUAGCCAGAGCACUGAGGGUGCUACCUAGAUCGCCGAUUGCUCACAUCGUCCUCUCUGGGGGCCUUGGAAGGUCUCCAUAUGUCAUUCACAAGUUCGGCAACAUUUACCGCCAUCUCGACCCGUCUCCAUUCAUCAUGCCGGCAGCGGGAGUCGUCCAACUACCAGACCCACAGCUCGCAGUGGUCAGGGGCCUGCUCAUGUCCCGUGCCCACCAGCUUGCUGUGGACCGGCUUGGUGCGGGCAGCCGACCGGUGCUGCGUGCCCGCGUGGCCCGGAUAUCGUAUGGCAUCGUAUACAACCAGCUGUUCAAUCCACACAUGCACCGGGAUCAGAAUAUAUUUAGAGACGAAACCGACCGACGGGUGUACGCACGGGACCAAAUCAAAUGGCUUGUCGUUGCGGGAACAUCGCUGGACGAUGACAAGAACCUGAUCGAGAUCCCCAUGGUGCAUGCGGUCAGCAUGAUGAAGCCCAUCGAGACAUGGUCGCACGCGAUCGUCAUGGCUCCACUGGGAGGGAACCGUGUCCUUUCGAAGUUGACGACCGUGACGAAUCUGACGUGCAACUUCACCGACGCGCCGGCCAAGGUAUUCCGAGAGCCAGAAAGCGCAACGUAUUUGGAGGUGCGGUAUAAGAUCGCCGUGAUUUUCCAACCCCAACUCGUCAUCUUUGAGGUCCGGGUCGGUGGCAAGGCGUACAGUCGCGCAACCCAUGAGAUUCAAUGGACAUCUAGUACAGAGUGA